AUGGCCACCUUUCAGGAUCGUGCACAGCACUACAUAGCUCAGAUCGACAAGGAGCUCUCCAAGUACCCUAUCCUCAACAACCUGGAGAGGCAGACCUCCGUCCCCAAGGUCUACGCCUUCCUGGGUGUUGUCGGCAUCUACUUCUUCCUCGUCUUCUUCAACAUCCUCGGCCAGUUCCUCGUCAACCUCGCCGGUUUCGCUAUCCCGGGCUACUACUCUCUCCAUGCCCUCUUCACCGCUGGCACCGCCGAUGAUACUCAGUGGUUGACCUACUGGGUGGUGUACGCCUUCCUGGCCGUCGUUGAGAGCGCUAUCAACGCUCCUUACUGGUUCCUUCAUCCUGGUUCUCUGGAUGGCUCUUCCUCAAUUCAACGGCGCUCAGCUCGUCUUCCACUCCUUCCUCCAGCCCCUGUUCUCCCGCUUCUUCACGGGCGGAUCGACCUCGGCCAACCUCAGGGCCCAGGCCGACGCUGCCACGAAGCCCCACUCGACUUAAGAGCGCUCCCUGGAGGCAUGAAGACCAACAUUGAGAAUCUGAGAAUUUCCACAUGUACUCGGCCUGGGUUCUUUUGUCGCGGUACAUCUCUGGAUUCUCCUUGUUAA